GUCAUUACGUCAGUCUGCAUCCGAACCGAGACCCAGUCGCAGCCAUUUUACUCCGCGAAAUAAACUUCAAUCUCUCAGCUUGAGAGAGGGGGAGAAAAACUGCGAAAACACCGCGGACGGUUCCGCCGACUCCAAUGGAUACGUGAGACAGAGCUCGGACGUUUUCGGAUUUCAUGUCUUCCCAGUUCGAUUUGACUCCAUGGCUUAGCGUGACUCUGCACAGCAGUUAACCCAGACGUCUCUCUCCUCCGUCCCUUGCUGUCCUCUGCUACCAACGGUAGCAGCGAGACAUAACACAAAGGGACGGUCACCUAUACCCUUGUUGCUUGUGUGAAACCCUCCCCAACCCCUCUCCUGAGGCAGGAUGGAGCCCCAGGCUUACCACUUGCUUGGUGCAGAGGGGGAUUGUGGGGUGUUGAGUCUGCUGGUGCCCAGUCCACAGAGCGAGGCGGUGACCCACGAGAUGGAGGAGCUGUCGCUGCAGCCCGCACCGAAUCUACCUUCACUCAGCGAACGCAAAAAUGUCCUGCAGUUGAAGCUUCAGCAAAGGCGAACCCGGGAACAGCUGGUGGACCAGGGCAUAAUGCCACCUCUCAAAAGCCCAGCAGCUUUCCAUGGGCAGAUUCGCAGCUUGGAGAGAGCCAGGACUGAGAAUUUCCUGAAGCACAAGAUCCGUAGUCGCCCAGAGAGAGCAGAGCUGGUCAGGAUGCACAUCCUACAGGAGACUGGAGCGGAGCCCUCACUCCAGGCCACGCAGAUGAAGCUGAAGAGGGCCCGGCUGGCCGACAACCUGAACGAAAAGAUCGCCCAGAGACCCGGCCCAAUGGAGCUGGUGGAAAAGAACAUCAUCCCAGUGGAUUCCAGCCUUAAACAAGCCAUCAUCGUGGGCCAGGUGAAUUACCCUAAGGUAUUGGAUGAAGACAGUUGUGAAGCCCUGUCCCCGGAUCAGCCAGCCAGUCAAGAGUCUCAGAGUUCUGCACCUUCACCAGGAGAGAUCAAAGCCCCAGAGACGCCUUCUCCUGCUCCUGCUCCAGCACCACCACCAUCGCUCCCCAGCACCAUACUGCAGACCUUCCCAAUCUCUAAACAAGCAACUUCAAACAUUGUGCAAGUGAUUUCUGCCAAUGAGAUUCUGGCCAACCGCGCAACUUCUACCCCUGCUCCCUCGAAACCAGGCCCAACACUGAUCAAACAAAGUCAGCAGAAGACGUCCUCAGAGAAAAGUCGCAGUAAGAAGGGCAAAGAGUCGAGGCCCAGGGUGAAGAAGCUCAAAUACCACCAGUAUGUUCCUCCAGACCAGAAGCAGGAGACCAGCGAAGAACCAAUGGACUCCUCUUAUGCCCGACUACUGCAGCAACAGCAGCUGUUCCUCCAGCUGCAGAUCCUCAGCCAGCAACAGCAGCAGCACUACAACUACCAGACCAUUCUACCAGCACCACUCAAACCUGUGGCAGAGGGUCAGAGCAGCGCUGCCAGCAGCCUGCCAACCUCUAUUGUGGUGUCUCUUCCCACUGCCCCUCCACCUCCCUCGCUCACCACAGCUCGGCCAAAUAAUUCACUGUCAAACCGCAAGCCGGGAGUCUUACCUGCCAACCUGGAGGAGAUGAAGGUGGCGGAGUUGAAACUGGAGCUAAAGCUGCGAAGCCUUCCCGUGUCAGGGACAAAGACUGAUCUGAUCGAAAGACUUAAGCCUUUCCAGGAAAUUCCUGCCACAUCUGCUCCUCCUACCACUACCACCUCCAUCCCCAUGGAGGUCACCACUGCCUCUAACACCAUCACCACCCCUGCCAUAGUUUUCCCUAUCAAGCAGGCGGCUCCAGAGAGCGCGCACUCGACACCACCAGUCUCACCCAAUCCGCCUGAAGCCUCCACCCUGCAGCAGGAUGUGAGCAUGUGUGAGGCACCUACUGAAGCACAGACGGUGAGCUGCGGCACAGCAGCUCCAUGGUCUUCACCUCCUCCGUCCAGUCACGUGCCGGAGGAAAAAGAUCGGAGGCUCCAUGAGAAGGAGCGGCAGAUAGAAGAGUUGAUGAGGAAGCUGGAGCAAGAGCAGAAGUUGGUGGAGGCGCUGAAGAUGCAGCUGGAGGUGGAGAAGAGAGGCCAGGGUGGCUGCGUUCCUGACUCGGUAUCUCCCAAACUCAGCUCAGUCCCUCCUGUCCUGAAUUCAAAUGUAGUAAAAAUGGAGGGCGCGGUUUUGUCAAACUGUUCGUCCACCGCUGCUAGUAUCCCAAACUCUAUCAUAGGCUCCCACACUCUCUCUAGCCCCCGACCAACUAUGGUGAAGUUGGAGGAUGUGACUGUUUCUGCUGGCAAGCCCAUCCAGCUCAUGACAAAAAUCCAGCCCCAAGCCCCGCCCCAAGGAAGCACGAGCCCACAGGUGCUCCAGCACCAACAGAGAAGUCCCAAACUCCAGACUCGGCCCCAGUCCCAGCCCACAGCCGCCAGCCUGCAGCAGUUCUUCAUUAGCCACCCAGGUGGAGUCUCCCAGGUGCUGGGUCAGCCUCAGACCCUUUUAACCACGUCAAGGCAACCUCAGACUCUGCUGACCACUACUGGCCAGGCUGGGACUCAGAUCCUCCUCCCAGUGUCACUUCCCAACAAUGCUACUGCAAUCCAGUUGCCAAGGACCACUGUCAGCCUGCAGCCUGUUCUUCAGGCCACAGUCUCAAAUCCAGGUCUGAUACAGGCCUCAGUUCCUCAGCUGCAGAGCACUAAGAUGGACACAGCUCCUAGUCAGCAGAUAGCAGGCCACAACCCACUGCUUCAGACUCUGACAAUGUGCAAUAAUACUACUGGUUUGGAGAACCAGACUAGACCCGAGAUAAAUCCCCAGAGUUUCCUCAGACGCUCCCCAGAAACCAGGGUCUCUCCACGGGCUUCACCAAACCGCCACAUUGCCAACGGAUCUCUUCAUAAGGUAUCAGAGCAGCGUAAAUGCCAGAGUUCUCCCUCUCCCCAGCCUGCCUUUAUCCUCCAGCCCACCGCUCUCAUGACUCAGCCUCCAAAGACACGAGAGCCUCCCCGCUACGAGGAGGCCGUCAAACAGCGCCGCAACAUGCACGUCAACAAUGCCUCGCAGGUUCCUACGACAACCAGCCAGCAAAUGGAUGACUUAUUUGACAUUCUCAUACAGAGUGGAGAAAUCACACCAUUCAUCCAGCAGGAGCCCCCAGUGUCUCUCAGUAAGACUCUCCCAGUCACAGCCAGUAUCACCACCCUGCCCGUCAACACUGCCCUCUGCAGACCUCCUCCACAGAUCCAUUUGGCCCCUCCGCCCAGUCUGAGCCCUGUUGUUGACCCCAGCCUGGCCAGCCUCUCCUCUCUGGCUACAGACAAUCAGCUGGAGGACUUUCUGGAGAGGACACUGGCUGACACAUCGCCGGCCUCGGACCUGCGCACGCGGGGCCUGAUGGAGGAGCUUCAAGCUCAGCUGAUGGAGCAGCAUCCCUACUCACCCAUGGACACGUCAGACCUGUCCUUCUGCGAUUCCUCCUCACCGCCGUCAAUUAACAUGGGUCUGUCUGACCCGGCACUGGAUAAUAUGGAGUGGCUGGACCUCACCAUGCCGCCUGGACCUGCAGGGGCACUCACACCACUGGGGAUCCCAACAGACUUCCUGGAUACCCAAGAUCUGCAGCUGCACUGGGACUGAUGGAGGACGACAGCUGAGCAGCAUCUGAGCCGGGAGUGAAGGAUGGAUGGAUGAAAAGAUGAAGACCGUGGCAGCCAUAAAAGGGUUUGAGUUUAAAGACUUCAAAGGAAACAGAAGGUGAAUAUAUCACUCUUAAUAGUACAUCCAUACCAUCUGUAAUAUUCCCACUAUACUACAGGAGAUACCUUGUACAGGCAGCACACUGAUGAAGCUGAACUACAAGCAGGAUUUAAAAGAAGGUCUGAAAUGUCAUCACUAAGGUGAUGGAGAUGAAGGGAUUUUUAACAGAGAAGACUUUCAGUGGCGGUUUACGGAAAGAAGGGAGACGGAGCCAAAUGUAGACAAUUAAGCAUGAACUGUUUGUAAAUACUGUUCACACCACACUAAAACAAUGCCACGUUCUCUCGGAGAACUCGAGUCGUGCUGAAGGCUGAGAUUACCCAGUCAUUCCUACCGGAGGUGUUGCAGGUUGGCUUCCCAGUAGCUGUGUUUACAUGUGCAAAAUUCCCAAAAGAUUCCUUUUUCCGAUUGGAGUUUUUUAAAAAUUCCGUCGUUUGCAUGGACGCGAAAUUAAACGACCGCGUUGUGGUCCGCGUACACAACACAUCCUUCAAGCAUUCCGUCAGAACGGACUAUUUUGACGUUAGCGCAGUGUAUAUACGCUGCAUGUGUCCGCUCAUCCUCUAGCUGUCGAUGUCAUUUUCCUCCUCUUCUGCGUCUUUGACAAAACGGAAACACGUCUCAUUUGCGUGGAACAGACACCAAACCAGUAAGUCCUGAUCAGAUCGCCAUAUACAGUACCAGCCCUCUCAAUUGGAAUUCAAUUUGUGUCAGAAUUCCCGAUCAGGCCUUUAUUCUGAUUAAUCGUGUCCAUGUAAACAUAGCUACUGACUCCUGCAUCUGUUUACUGUGUGAGCACAGUAACAGUGCGCAGAUGCAUCUGUAGGUGUAGUGAUUCGAAGGCCUUUGUCCCACUGAGGCUCACUGUGCCAUACCGGGUUAUAAAAGGUGGUAGUUGCUGUGGUAAAUGUAGUUUGGAUCAAAAAUAUGUUGGAUUAUACACUUCAGGUGUUGAAUUUUUCAAGGAUGUAAGUGCAACCGCUUAUCCAAGAAACACUUAAGACUAAACCGGUUUAUAGAAGAUAUUUGAGAAGGUGUUGGACAGUCAAAUCAAUCCGUUUACCUUUAUGGUGUAAUGUCAUCUCAGAGGCAACUUUAAAAACUGUCCUAACUGAGGUCCACACUGGUCCAGCCUCCUACAUACUGUAGAAUGUUUUGUUUCCUGACUAAUCUGAUAUGCUGUAUCAGACGUGACUGUUUUUCCGCUGAUUCACCGCGGCCAUUUUGGGUCAAGCUGAUGAACCAGUGACUCUAAAGAACAAAAGACUGGACUCCAGUCGGACGAUGAGAGGAGGCAGCUCCUCCGACCACAAGUUGAGAGCUAUGCACUAAAGAGGCCGAGGGACAGAACGACGAGCCUCAUUCACCUCAGAACAAGGAAAUGUGAACUCUGCAUAUCCAAGGUGAUUGUUAAUACAGAGUGAUCGAAACGAUCGAGUGGCCGAUCGCUCGCGUGAUACUGCAGUUGUUGGCCAAGUCUCUUACUUUUGAAUGUACUUUUUGAAGAAGAAAAAGAAAAAACAAAAAACAGGAAUUAACUUACAAAGUUGGCAGCUUUUUUUUUUUUGGGUCUGAUAAUAAACUGACAGAAACAGCAGAAAGGGAACAAAACAACAUUUUACGAGACACACAUAUGUAGUAUGUGUUAACUCUGUGACGCUGCAAGAAAGAUGUCUUUGGAGAAAAUGAGCUUUAUAUCCAGCUUUCCUAUAAUACCCCUGCACUUUGUGUACGUAUGUGGGUGGGAAAUAACUGCAACACUAGCCGAUCAACUUCAGUCUACUUUACCAGCUUCUUUAACUCGAGACCAAACAUCAUCUAGGGGAUCUUUGGCUGGUGAAAUAGUCUGAUGGUGACGCAUCAGCUGCUGCGGCCUGUAGACAAAGUUAGUUUCCUGAUCGUGUGUGUGUGUGUGUGAGAGCGAGCGUGAGAGAGAGAGAAGUAAGCAUGUUGAUUUAUGGGUGGAUGUGCGUGUGUGCGUCUGUGUACGUGUGGAAUUGUCUUCCUGUCUCUUGCAUGAACAUCUGUGCGUCUCCGUGUGCAUGAUUGUGUUCACGUUUAAUCUCUGGCUGUUUCUCGCUCCCUCGCAGCCACCGCCGCCGCCCUCCUCCGUCGUAUGACGUCGCUAAUAAUCUAUGAAAAUCUAAUUCUUUACGCUUGAUUCUUGCGUAUUCUAUACUUCAGAAGGCUUCUGAUGACUGUUGUAAAUCUGUGUUCAUUCAGUGUGCUACAGUCAGAAAUGCACAGACGCCUUUGAGGGCUUGGCUCCCUUUUUAAAGUCGUCAUAAAUACUCAGUAUUUUUGUUUUCAAUGGAUUGCAUCAUAUCCCACUAAAUGUUUCCUAUCAACUCUAAAUAAUGACACUGAUUUAUGACGGUUGUUUUUUGU